UUUGCCGCGCGCCACGCUCCCGCGCACACGCUGAAUUUUACAAAUACGUACAUAUACGUAGAGCAGUAGCAGGUAUCCGCAUUAACCUCGAGUGUAAAGAGUGAGUGUGAGCGGUUAUAGCACGUUGAAAACCUUUGUUCCUGCAUGCACACGUACGAGCGCGCAAUGAAAAUUUUGCAGAACAUGCAGACCGCCAGAAGCACGUGUUGCGAAAGCAGCGCGAACCGUUUGCUACCUACCCCAAAGGAAUUGUAGUUUUAUAGUAGUUCAUCAUCAUCGGUCGAUAGUGCGUUGUGUGUCUUUAUAUGUGAUUUGUUGUUAUUGUGCAGUGUUUCCUCGUCGACGCAAGUCUUGUUCGAAAUCUCGUUUAGGCCAAAAAAACAAAUUUGAUCCUUUGUAUAUGCUGUCCGCGAAGUUGUUACUGAAGCGCUCAUGGUCCUUUCUACUUUACGCUAUAAAAGUUUACCCACGUAUAUUUGAAAAGAGAAAAAAGGCACAGGCAGUGCGAGUGGACGACAGCUGCACGCGUUAUUGUUUUUGCGUCUCGGCGAGUCGCAAAAUUGGAAGCCGAUCAAAACAACCCAGAAAAAUAAAGCCCACUGAUGUAUCGUCGACGCAGUGCAGCAACUCACCAACAAUACCACCAUCAACAUCAUCAUCGUCAUCGCCAUGUCGACCUCGUCGAACAGAAGCAGCAGCCGAAACAGUUUCCUGGAUCAGCCGGUCUACGAUCAUCCGGGAGCGAUUGCAACAGCUGCAACCACCGCUACCAGCAAUACUGCAUCGUUUACCAGUCGCAUUAACAGCAGCAGGAGUAGCCUCGCAAGCUUCCCCAACAACAGUAUAAUAAGCCAGCGAACAGUGACGAGCCUGAAACAGCCGAGCUCAGCCUACGUGCCGCAGGAUAGAUUCUCGAGAUAUUUAACUGCUCUCUCGAGUCUUGCCUUCAUCAAGUUCAAAAGGUUACCGGGUUCGGAAUUGCCUCUCGACAAGAUUGGACUGAUCACGAGUGUAACGUUAGGAUGGCUGACCGAGUAUUUGAACGCUGGCUUCAAGAACUCCAUGAGAGACAAGAUAAUGCCAAGCUUGUCGCAGCGAGAGACCUGCGAUGUGAAUGGACCGAGAUUGGAGAGCCUGCUGCAAGCACACUUUGUAGAAAAAGGCCAGGCAGGUGCGUCGAUACCACGAGUCGCGUGGCGCUUUGUGCGUACGCGCGUACUCAUCGGCAGCUUCCUUCAUUUUCUCGGCACCCUUUUGUCUCUAAUGGGGCCGAUCUUCAUACUCAGUACAGUGCUCGAGUCCUCGGAUAGGCGAGGUUUGAUGACCGAUGCCGCUUCGAGCAACGCCACCAACGCGACCGACGUGUCGUUGAGAUUUGUUGACUUCUCGACGACUGUAUCGAAUAUUAGUGACCACAAUGAUACUAUAACAAUUAGCAACACCAGCAUCCAGUACAACGAUGUCAUCAAUUACUACGACUUCAACAUAUUCACUUAUACGGCGGCUCUAGUUGUCGUCGAGAUCGUAUCACAGUUUCUCGUGGCAUGGAGCUCCGCGCUCAAUCUUAGAACGGCAUGCCGAUUGCGCUCAGCAUGCUUAGCUGUUUGUUACAAGAAACUGUUACGUUCGUCGCUCAUCAACUCUACUGGUGCUCAACAAACUCUCACGUAUUUCGUACCCGAUAGCGAGACGCUUCACGAGCUCGUUGGCGUGGGUCCACUCGUUUUUUCUGGACCCGCUGCAUUGAUCAUUGUCACGGUGUACACGUACAAUGCACUCGGUGCCUGGGCCCUCAGUGGUAUAGUCAUGGUACUCAUCCUGUAUUCGAGUCUCGUUGUUUCAGCGUACUUUACCAAAUCCUACGCGGGCCGUGCUAUCGAGUACUCUUUGAAGCGCAUUUCUUUGGUUGAAGAAUUUGUGAGUAAUAUUCAAUUGGCCAAGAUCACACUGUGGGACCAACAUUUUCAUGACAAGAUCAAAGAUGUUCGAAAGAAAGAGCUAGCCGAAAUGCGCUAUGGUGGUUUCAGUGAAGGUUGCGGCUUAUCAAUGAUACACAUGCUUCCGGUUUUUUCUUUAGUUACCAUUACACUUGUUAGUCUGAUAUUAGAUAAGCAGAUUUCGUUCGUUAAGUAUGGCCCUGUACUGGUACUGUUUUUAGUGAAUUUAAAGCUUUGCAUACGUACGAGCUGGAUGGCGCUGAGCAGUAUAUCUCGUGGUCUGUCUUUUCUUAACAAACUUAAGGAAAUUUUGACCUUGCAAGAACCCGAUAAAUUUUACGAAAAACCUAUAGAUAAAAAUUAUUCUGUGAUUAUCCAUAAUGGAAACUUUACUUGGUCGAAAAAUUCCAAUGAUUUAAAUAAUAAGCUUCGUACGGUGCAGAAUGGCAAAAGAUCAUCGAGAUUCUACGUAGAUGGAGAACAAUUAAAUGCCAUCGAAUUCAAUUUUUCCAGUCCUCUAGUCACUACGUUAUCGGAAAUUGAUUUUUACGUUCCUAAGGGCAAGCUAGUUGGUAUAUAUGGUCAUCAAGAUUCUGGCAAAUCGUCUUUUUUGCUCUCCAUACUAGGUCAACUGCGCCGUACCGGCGGUAAUGUAGCAGUCGAUGGCACAUUUGCUUACGUAUCCCGCGAACCAUGGCUCAUGGACGGUACGGUCAAAGAAAAUAUUUUAUUCGGUGAACAUCACGACAAUAACAAAUUAUCUAGAAUGGUUCGCGCUGCGAAGUUGACAAAUGACAUAGCUACCUUACCCGAGCUUGAAGACACCGAAAUAGAUAGUAUAAAUCUCACUUUAGCUUUUAAGCAAAAACUAAGUAUGGCUCGCAUUUGCUACGCUCAACGGGAUAUCAAUUUAAUCGACGAACCCCUCAGCGAUCUUUCAGUCGACGAGCGAAUCGAAGUUUUUGACCGAUGCAUUAGUCAUCUACUAGGAUAUAAAACUGUCAUUGUAGCAAGUGACAGAGUUGAGUUAUUAAGUCGAUGCCAUGUGAUAUACGUUAUGGUAGAUGGACGAAUAAUCGCAAAUGGUAAUCACGAAGAACUAGUCCGCUGUAAUACUCAGUACGCGAAAUUAACCAGUCAUCAAAUGAAAACCAUAAUGCAACAGCAGAAAAAACCGAAGAAUGGCGAUUACUCGAGCUCGUCGCCAUCCAGAUUGACAGCAUCAACUGGAAAAGAACUCAUAUCCAGUAAUGGCUCAUCAUUCAACAGCAUAGAUCGUAAAGAUGACAGUGCACGACUAUUGUACGGAAAACAUUUAGAUUUUCCUGUAAUACAAUGUAGCUUCGAUGAAACAGCUAAACCAAAGACUGGGACCACUGUUUAUCAAAGUUAUAGUGGUGGAUGGUCCGUUUGUAUUCUACUUUGCCUAUUAUCUAUUUUUUAUGCAUGUUCAGUUGCCAUAGCACCAUAUUGCAUAAUACAUAUCCAACAGGCAUCAUUCUUACAGAAAGAUACAGAAGAAAUCAAAACGAGCCUUGGUGUAUUGGCUACUCUAGUUGGAUUUCUCGUCGGGUGUGGAAUUAUAUUAUUAGUAGCUUAUAGUAAGACUAUAUUCAUGGCAUCGGCAAAACUUCAUGAAAAUUGGAUCGAAAAUUUAAGUUGCGCGCAGAUACCUGUUUUCAGUACCUCCACGAUAUCAUUUAUUCUUAAUAUCUGCAGUUUAAAUUUGCAAGAAGUUGAUUCGGCAUUGCCGCGAUCCAUUAUAAUCGUAUUGAUAAACGUAGGAAUUAGUAUAAUUAGUAUUGUAAUACUCGGUAUUAUUUCACCGUGGCUGAUUUUGCCAGUUUUAGCUUAUGCUAUUUGCGCUUUACUGUGCAGUAUUUACAUAAGGAGAGCAGUCUUAUGUUUGCAUGAGCUAAAGGUGAGCUCAGCGACGUUUGUGCUGAAUUACAUCAAUAAUACAGUUCUUGGUCGUGCAACGAUUCAGGCAUUCGCCAGAGAGAAAGAUUUUACCAAAAAAUAUUACAAACUUUUUAAUGAAAAUUCAACCUACGACUUAAUGCUUUACGCUACCAAACUAUGGCUCGAGUUUCGUUUAAAGAUGCUCUCAGUUCUAGUCUUAUGUUCCGUGAUAUUUUUGACGGAAGUGUUUAUCAAAAAUUCAAAUAGUACUUCAUGGCUCUGUCUUGCAUAUGUUAUCACAAUGCAACUAUCUUUUAGUAUAUUACACGGUAUUGGAGCUGUAAAUAAUAUAUACACUAGCCUUAUGGCCAUCAAUAGCAUUGAUCAUUAUAUAAAGACUAUACCAAAAGAAAAAGAGGGGUCUGCUAGAGUCCGAAUAAACUGGCCAACGGAGGGAAGCAUCGAAUUUAGGGACGUUUUUUUGUUUGAUAGAGAAGAAUCAAAUCAUCGACCACUUAAAUUCAACAUAGCCAACAGCCAAACUAUUUCUCUGAUAUCAAAUCGACCGGAAACUCGAAAGGCAUUUGUUAGUGCAAUGUUUCGAUUUUUCGAAUUACCAGGAGGUGAAAUUAUUAUUGAUAGGGCAUCUGUUUCACAACUUCCAUUAAAUACUCUAAGAAGAUGUAUAUGUUUUAUACCAGGAAAUCCUACUCUUUUUAGUGGUACUAUUCGAUAUAAUUUAGAUCCAUCCGAAAAGCUAACUGAUCAAACGUUGAUGAUGAUAUUACAAAAAGUUUAUUUGUGGGAGAAAAUUCUAAGGCUUCCGGAAAAAUUAGUUAGCAAUUCGAGGAAUUUGUUCAACGUUUACGAAAAAAUACUCAUUUUUUUGGCACGAGCGUUACUCAGUGAGCAUGUAAAAAUUAUUAUACUCGAAGAACCUGAAAUGGAUGUUACUGAUAAAAGAGGUGAAAUAUUGGAGAUAGUUUUAAAAAAUGUGUUCGCUGAAUAUACUAUUAUUAGACUAGCUAAUCACAAGGUCAAAGGGUGUUCAAAAUAUAUUCCACUUGAUGAUGAGAUUGACGAUUACAAUUAUGAUCGGGCAUCGUCAGAUUUGUCCCAGAUGACAGAUCCAAUUUACGCUACUAUACCAUCAAUUAAAUCCGAGGAGACAUCCAAUACAAGACUACCUUCUGAAUAAAUGAUGUUUUACUAGAUUGAUAUUUUGUGUGAUUCAUGUAAAAAUGUUGUAAAUUAGUUGUUAGGGUUUGUAUAUAAUCGCAUUACAAUGGUGUAUUUGAGAUUUAUAUUGAAUGUAAAUACUAUGCUACGGAAUUUGGUAAUUUAAUAAUUGUGAAUAAGAAAUGAAAUUAUUUUAUUAAAAAUCGUAUCUAGAUGAUAAGUAACGAGCUACGAUCCAAAUGUUUAAUUUUAUAAAUGUGCCAACUAACGAUUACUCAAAUCGUACAAUUGUUUUCAAGUGCCUUAAAGAAAAUUUUCAAAAGAAGUCUUGAAAAAUUAUAACACCUAGGAAUUAAUUUUAUCUGUACACAUUUAAUGUAUGAAUGUGAUUGCAUUGUAAAUUUCGUUUGCAGAGGCGAAUUUGAAACAAUUUUUUAUCAAAUUCACAAUUGAAUUUUAUUUUAUCAAAAAUAAAGUCAAGUUUUUAUACAA